AUGGCUGCUUCCAGAGAUCAGUGGGUGAGCGAAUAUAAUGAAGCGGCAAAACUCGCUGAAGAUAUCACUAACAUGAUAUCUGAAAGGAGUUCAUUUCCCGCAACAGGGCUAGAAACACAGCGACAUUCAGCUGCAAUACGGAGGAAAAUUACCAUACUCGGCACCAAACUUGAUACCUUAGAGUCUCUUCUGUCGAAGCUUCCGGCAAAGCAGCCUUUGACAGAGAGAGAAAUGAAUCGUCGCAAGGACAUGAUUGCGAAUUUAAGAUCAAAAGUAAGCCAGAUGGCUUCAACAAUGAAUAUGUCAAACUUCGCAAAUAGGGACAGCUUGCUUGAGCCAGAAAAUAAGCCGGUUGAUACUAUGAGUAGAACAACAGGACUUGACGACUCUGGGUUUGUUGAUCUUCAACGACAAAUCAUGAAAGAACAAGAUGAGGCUCUUGAGAAAUUGGAGGAGACAAUUAUCAGCACCAAACAUAUCGCUUUGACAGUCAAUGAGGAGCUUGAUCUGCAUACAAGACUAAUUGAUAGUUUGGACGUAGAUGUUGAUGCUACAGAGUCCCGACUACAGCUAGCACAGAGGAAGCUUGCAUUUCUGAAUAAACGCGCUAAGGAUGGCAGCUCCUGCUUGCGCCUACUUUUAUCAGUUAUUGCGAUCAUCGUUUUGGUUGCUAUUGUACAUAUGCUGAUUAAAUAUUCAUGA